ACUCUCUUUCCCGGAUUCUGUGGUUUCAGGUCGGGCUGUCAUGGCGGCGUGCGGGGCACUCAUGAGUCGCGGUGUUUUAACUCUGCAUUAUCAGCAUGUAUGCAGAGGAUUGAUGCUCACACAGAUCAGAGAGAAGAAGAGAUGGAUGAAAGCGUAUACACUCAUUAUGGAGAGAAAGAGGAAGAUGGAGGGACCCCCGCCUCCAAAGGCACGCUCACAGCAGCCAAACUUUGAUUACCACGCUGAGGUGGAAGCCUUCAGUGCCCGUCUCCAGGAAAAUUUCUCUGUGGAUCUUUUGAAGACAUCCUUUGUGAAUCCCUGCUAUUUGCGCUCUGAGGAGCAGAGGAGACAUUUACUGGGUCUUGAUGCGGAGACCACUGCUCUUAACCUGCAAGACAACAGCGAGCUGCAGGCACACGGUCGAACGUUCACACAGGUUUUCCUCAAUAACUGGUGCAGGGAAAACUUUCCCAGCCUGCCAGAGGAGGGAGUGGCAGCCGUUGUAGGCCAUUUGUCCGGGUCAGAGGUCAUGUGUCAUGUCGCACGAAACCUUGCGGUGGAGGAACUGACGAUGAGUGCGGAGUUUCCUGUUCCGGAUGAAAUCCUGAAAGGGACGUUGUUUGCUGUGAUUGGUGCUUUGGAGCAAAGCAGUGGGUCUCUCCGAGCAGGGCUUUUUAUCAGAGAUUUUCUGGUGACUCAGCUUAUAGGGAUAGAUUUGUUUGAUAUGUGGAAAGUAGUUGAUCCCAUGGGACUGCUGGUUAAAGAAUUGAACCGGAAAGGUAUGGCUCUACCUGAACCUCGCCUCAUCCGGUCCGCUGGCGCCAGUACCGUCCUACCACUCUAUUUUGUUGGGCUUUACAGUGACCGUAAGCUGUUGGCUCAAGGUCCGGGUGAGACCGUCCUAGCAGCAGAAGAGGAAGCAGCACGUGUUGCUUUAAGGAAACUGUACGGCUAUACGGAGAACCGUAGACCGUGGGACUUUAUUACCCCUAGUGAGCCACUUCAAAACCUCGGAGCACAGCCUGUCAUUAGUGGAUAAAUGACAUCAUAUCCUCCCUCAAAAGGGUUUCCCUCAAGUUUAAACCACUCUGGGAACUCCAGGAGUUAUAGCUGUAAUUCACAGCUGCUUCACAGACAAUUUAAGACUUUUGAAGGACACCGGCUAAAAAUUGGAAGUUGUGUACUUCAUCACAACUAUUUGUUGGAGCAACCUCUCAAUUUUUUUCUUCCCGAAUGUCAUUCUGACAUCACCAGGGGUCCCGUUCCACAGACUACGGCUAUGAUAUACACACAAACUUCUGACUCUUGGUGUUAAACGAUACAAAAUCACAGGAGCCACCCAUAUGUUUGCAGAUUAUUCAAUAAAAUCUUGUCAUUGUGGCUGUAAAUUGUUUGUGUACAUAAAUAACCAUUUAUUGGUAAUAAAAAAUGUGUUAGUUCAGAACAAAA